AAUGAAUAUCAGAACGCAGCCAUAGAUGGGCAUGCAACGUACACACCGACAAACCGCUCGUGGACUACUACGUAGUUGCCAAUGUGCACCACUCUAGACAUAGCGCCAGCGAACAGAGCAGAAUAGCGGUAAUAGAAAAUGUGACAUGUUCUCGCUCAGUCUUUUUCCUGGUUAAAACCGUGGUGUAUUAACAGCGCACGGGAGAAGUGCCGUUGUUUAAAGCUUAGUGAAUUCGCCGAUUCCAUCUGUUUCGCCUUGACUUUCCGGAGAUUCCACAGUCAUAAUGCACAAACAUUUCUCAACGGAAGAGAGUUUGUAUGCGAUUUCCACGAUAUCGAACCAACCGAAAAAUCGAAAUAAUUGUUUUUGCGCGUAAAUCGCGCGAAUAUAAUGGCGACGCCGACCAACAGCAACGGUAACCUAGUCGACGAGUUCGAAGAAGCGUUUCAGCAAUGUUUGAGCAUAUUGAUAAAGGACGAAGGAUUAGGAAACAAUGGGACUGGCGCAUCUGGUGGUUUGACUGUGGAUAAAGAUGAGGGUCGCGCAGAAAUGGAGCAAGCCACAGUGAGAUUUGUUGAUCUUGCCAGACAAAUGGAAGCUUUUUUUCUGCAGAAGAGAUUUUUGCUGUCUGCACUGAAGCCUGAACUAGUGAUUAAGGAAGAGAUCACUGACCUGAAGGCGGAAUUGUCUCGCAAAGAAGAGCUCAUAAAAAGGCACAAUGAAAAAAUCGCGGUCUGGCAAAAUAUGUUGUCGGAUUUGCAGGGAUGGGCGCAGUCACCUGCGCAAGGUCCGUCAGCUAGCGGGCUCUCCGGUGGAAAUCAAAGCGGGCAGAAUCAGCAAGCGGCAAGCGGCGGAAACGCUUCGAUGCAGCAACAGCAACAACUACUUCAGCAUCAACAACAACUGCAGCAGCAAUUGCAGCAACAGCAACAACAGCACUCGCAGCUGCAGCAGCAGUUGCAGCAUCCAUUGCAACAACAGGUGCAACAGGGUUCAGGUGGCCCGCCAACGUCGGGCCUUCAGGGAGUCGGCGUGCCCGUCAGCCAGCAGGGUAUGUUUAUGGCACAAGGCGGUGUGGGUGUCGCCGGCGGCAGAGCUGCCGGUUUCCCCGUUGGCAGUAUGGGAAGCAGCGCUUUACAGGGGCCGCUGGCUUUCCUGGAAAAGACAACGAGCAACAUAGGGAUGCCAGAGAGGCGGAGUUGACGCGGAAGGGGGAGGGGCCGGGGCCGGGGUCGUGG